UAGGCCACACACAUUUUCUCUCGUUACUUUCUUAGUUGUACUACUUAAAUAGUUGUAUUUUUAAAAAAUUUAUUUCAGUAGGCAAUGCAUCUUGAUGACUUUUAUAUACGAAUUUUCUUUAUUUUUUUACUAUCUUUGAAGAAAAGUUUUAAAAAUCGCAGUUUUAAGGCAUCUACUGCAACCAUUGCCUUCGAUGGCAACAAUCCAGCUCAGGACAGGACACGCCCCAAAGUUCAUGUUUUGACUCUCCUAUCUCGACUCCAAGGCUUGGACUGGUCCGGAAGCCGGUGAUCACUGCAGAAGAGGGCUUCAGAUGUCCAGCAAGCGCGUGCUGGACUCCAACGUCCACCGACGAAGCUAAGGGCUUCCAGCCGAGGCUGUUGCCAACUUGGCGGUUCACCAAAGGGCGGGGCUGGGAGACGGGAGAGGGAGCUUGGAGAAGCGUCCUGAGUUGCCAUGGAAACGAGGCCCAGCGGCGGUCCUAGCAGCCGAAAAGAGUCCCCUGAAACUUGUCCCCAGGGAUUACUGGUGUUCACCGGCUCUUCUGAACAGGAUGCCAACUUGGCCAAGCAGUUCUGGAUCGCGGCGUCAAUGUAUCCUCCUAACGAAUCUCAGUUGGUGCUGUCCAGAGGCAGCAGUCAGCGUCUGCCCGUGGCGGGGUCCUCUAAGAGCAGUGGGCUCGGGAAAAAUUACUUGCAGCCUUUUUUCCUUGAGAAAGACAAGAAUACAGAUGUCAUUGCUGAAACCCUAAAGAUUCAAGAAUCUGAGGAAAAAGAAAAGUAUCUCCAAAAGGCUAAAAGAAGAGAUGAGAUUCUCCAACUCUUAAGAAAACAAAGAGAAGCAAGGAUCUCGAAAGAACUGAUUUCCCUUCCUUAUAAACCAAAGGCCAAAGUACACAAAGCAAAGAAAGUGAUAUCAGAGUCAGAUAAAGAAGACCAAGAAGAAGUCAAAGCCUUGGACUAAUUUGAUUGACACAUGGUAGAGGAUGGCUCACUUAGAUCUUCACUUUUGAAACAACCUGCUCUUACAUCAGGAUCACUGGGAUCACUUAGUUAAAAUAGACAAAGAAAUAAAAAUUAAAUAUGCAACAUUUC